AUGGGAUUCAACCCGCACGCGGAGCCGUCCGCGCGACAGGCCCUACCCGUGCCAUCCAGUGAGGACCUCGCAGCGGUCCGGGCAUGGCUGGCUGCGCAAAACACCGAGGCGGAAAACGUCCAGGAGCGCACAACUGACACGCCCACCUCGCGGCGCCCCCGCGUGCUGCUGGGGCUCACGGGCAGCGUCGCAUCUAUCAAGGCGGCGCAGCUCUGCGCCGGCCUGGCCCAGUUCGCGGAGAUCCGAGUGGUAGCGACAACGUCCGCACAGCACUUCAUCGCUGCAAGCGGGGACCGCCUCCCAAAGCAGUGCCUCCCGAUUCUCACGGAUGGUCACGAGUGGGCGCUGUGGCAGCGCCGCGGGGACCCGGUGCUGCACGUGGAGCUGCGCAAGUGGGCCGAUGCCCUGGUCAUUGCGCCGCUGUCCGCCAACACCCUCGCGAAGCUCGCCAGCGGGCUGUGCGACGACCUCCUGAGCUGCGUCGUGCGUGCGUGGGACUGGCGGCGGCCGGUGCUGGUCGCGCCGGCCAUGAAUACGUUGAUGUGGGCGUCGCCGUGCACGGACCGCCAGUUGAGUGUGCUCCGCGGACUAGGGGCUCGCGUCGUGGAGCCCGUGACCAAGGUCCUGAUGUGCGGCGACGCCGGCGCGGGCGCGAUGGCCGAGCCGAGCGACGUCGUCAAGCAUGCGAAGGCGUUGUUCGAGGCAGGCGUGGUGAGCGAGCAGUCUUCAGGGGUGGGCGACAUGGCCGCGUUCAGCAGUGGGCAGGCGGCGUCGCGGAUGGCGGCCGUCAUCACGCAGGACACGCACGGCGGUGAGAUGGCCAUGGACAAGUGA